GUUAACAAUUUUAUCUAAAUAAAUGUACGUCUAAAAUCUGAAUAGGUAAAUAGUUCACUUUAUAUCACAAGCAAGGUGGAUUGAUCCACAUUUUUCCUUGAUUGUUUCAACUAUUUAAAUAUAUUAUUUUGUUCAAAGUCAAAAAUGUGAAUGCGUCCAACUAGUAAAAAAUUUAUAAUACAUAAAUAAAAGAUCUAAAAAGUAUCGAUGUGUUUAAACAAUUAUGUCAAUCAUGAAAAUAUUUCAGAUUAUCAAUGUAAAAAACCACUAUGUAAUACAAAGUUGUUUGGUAAUAUCUUUAGUUACUGUAACAACUUGGAUAACAGCAAUUCUAAGAAAAAAAAAAAAAAUAAGACUGAAUGAAAAUGUCAACAAUAAAAUUAUUUCAAUUCCAUUGAUUGUUAUAACAGGCUGUGACACAGGUCUUGGAUAUUCAAUUGUUAUGAGAUAUUUAAAAGGUGAACAUUUUAGUAAAAACCAAAAUAACAGUAAAAUAUAUCAUAAUUUGUUAUUUUUCAAUAACAAACCACUGAUAAUUCCAAAUAGGAUUGCGAUUGUUGCAUUUUGUUUGAAUCCUAAUAGCCCAGGUGCUAAAUGCUUACUUCAACUAUCAGUUAAAUAUACUAAUAUUAAAUUGUUCGUUAGACAAUUAGAUUUAACUGAUACUGAUUCUAUUAAGGCUGGUGUGACUUUUGUUACUGAUCUACUUCAACAAAAUGUUGAUAUAAAUUGGCCACACGAUGAAGCAGUUUUUUUUAAAUAUGAACUACAUGCAUUGGUCAACAACGCAGCACGAAUGGUGAUGGCAGAAUAUGAAUGGCAAACUUCAAAAAUAAUAAAACAGCAAUUUGAAGUUAAUGUUUUAGGUCCUAUUAUGUUAACUGCAAUGUUACUGCCAACAUUUCGCAAAGACAAAAGUCGGGUGAUAAAUGUAAUUAGUCAUUGUGCUUAUCUUCCACUUCCUGGAGUAUCUAUUUAUGGUGCUACGAAAGCUGCUGUGCGUGCAUGGACAAUCGGAACAAGAGUUGAACUUGAAACUCACGGCAUAAAAAUGAUCACGUUUUCACCAGGAUCGUUUUAUCUUCAUUCCUCCAUUAUGAAUGUCGAACAAAGAAUGAUUGAUUAUGAAGACAUGUGCAAUAAUAUGAAUAAAGAGCAAUUAGCUUAUUAUGGUGCUUUUAUGUAUACCUAUCAAAAUUACUUGAGUACUAUUGAUGCAUACAUUAAUCCUCCAGAAAUAACCAUUCCCAGCACUAAUAAAAUAUACUGUCAAAUGGAUAAUGCAUUAUGGGCAGUCCACCCCAAAGCUGAGUAUAAUGUGCCUGAACCUUGGCGAUAUAGAAUCUAUUUUGCUGUAGCUUGGACUCUAUCAUCAUUAGGUUUACAUUAUUUAAAAGAUAAGGUUGUACGUCGAUUUGUGGCUACACCACAAUUUCAUGAUAAUAUUGCAAGUUCAGUUGAAAAUAUCUAAUAAACAGAGAUUGGAACUUAUCUAAUUUACAUAUCUAUGCUAAAUGUAACAAAACAUAACAAAGUGUCAUACUGUUGUAUGAAUGUAAAAUAUUUCAAAAUAAUAUAGUGAGAUCAAAUAUGAAA